AUGAAAGGCCUGCACCAAGAUCGAUUCAACGGCGCCGCCAUCAAGUUGCUGUCGUCGGUGAUGGCGGUGCACGGCUACGGCGGCGGGGGAGGCGGAGGAGACGACACCGCCGCACGCGUCUGCACCGUGUGCCUGCUCGAGUUUGCCGACGGCGACGAGCUCCGCACGCUACCGCUCUGCGCGCACUCGUUCCACAUGGACUGCGUAGAUGUUUGGCUCCGUGCGCACGCCUCAUGCUCGCUCUACCGCAACGCCAUCGCACUCCCAUCCCCGGUGUGCGCCGCCUGCGCGUGUGCUAGAGCCUCGAUGACCUCCUCUUCUUCCACCCCGUCCCGCAACCACUCCACCUCCAUGCCCACCGCCGCGGCGCCUGCCUGCUCCCGACCCGCCGUCGCCGCCGCGUUGCCCCUUCUCUAG